UCGCCGCCCGCUGUCGCCGCCCGCUGUCGCCGCCCGCUGUCGCCGCCCGCUGUCGCUGCCCGGUGUCAUUGCCCGGUGCCGCUGUCGCCGCCCGCUGUCGCCGCCCGCUGUCGCCGCCCGCUGUCGCCGCCCGCUGUCGCCGCCCGCUGUCGCCGCUGAGGGGCGCUGGCGGCUGGCCGCGGGGGUCACGUGACCGCAAUGGCGCAGCGGUUCUGGGUUCUGAGGUGUUGCCGCUGCCGCCGCUUCCAGGGGCAGCAGGCCAAGCGCAGCGGGCGGUGGAGCUGCAGCGUGUGCGGCCAGCGGCAGGCCGUGCAGAAGGUUUAUGGGCAGGGCUCGGGCCUGGAGUGCAGGCGCCACGUCCAGAAGCUGAACCUGCUGCAGGGUGAAGCAGAGGAGGCGCUUGGUUGGACAUCUUGGUGUGUCGAAGACUCUGUAAAUGACAGCAAAAAUAGAGCAGCACAGCAUGAGGACAGUUCAGUCCAGCAGGAGGGAAGGGCAGAAGGCAGUCGCUGGAGUAAAUAUCUGGACCAGGAGAGUGAGGAUCAAGAAGAUGAGGAGGAGGCAGCUCUGGAAAGGCAACAGUUCUGUUCCCAGAGAAAGAACACUGUGGGAGAACAAAGGAAACACCCGAAGCACUUCCUCUCCAGUGAUGUCCCAGAGCAUGCAGAAGAAAGUGGAGUGUCUCAACUUGUCUAUCAAGUCAAAAAAGUUAAAACCACUGAGUGCAAGAAAUGGUUUGUAGCAGUGCCUGAUGGACAUGAUGGAGAUGCUGGUUCUGGAGGCAGCGUGGUUCCUGCUGUCUGUGAGACUGUAGUGCCUGAGGAGAAUACGCAGCCCACAACUGCUUGUACCAAACCAUCCAAGUGGGGAAAAUUCCUCUCAUUAUCUGACAGCUCUAGUGAAAAUGCUGCUGCAGUGACCAUGGCACAACAGGAGGGCAGUGGAGGUGUGGGGCUGGGCAGCACAGCUGCUGGUAGGGCCUGGAGGUGCUCAGGACAGGCUGUAAGAACUCUGUCUCAGGGUAUGGGUUUUAAAUUAAAAAAGUCUGUUGUUAGCACUGAGGAUCUGCCCUCAACACUGCCCAGCAGCAGGUGCUCAGUUGAGGAUGUGCUCAGAGAAUCUCACAACCAGGUGCUAAGGGUGGAAUCUGCUGCAGAGACAACUGCAGGAAGGUGCUGCUUGGGUACCAUGGGGAGGGCAAACACCCUUGUUAACACUUGGCCUGGGCCAAAGCUGAGCAACAUUUCUUGUGAGCAACUCUUCUGCACAGGUGAGGAGUUUGAUGAUGAUCUCUGAAGUUCAGGCAUCUUUGGUAUGUCUUUCUUGGCUCUUAAUGCAUUUGAGAUGUUGUUUACUGAGAGUUUUGAACUAAAGGUGGUUUUGCUCAAAGCCAUAGAGAACUGCACUAUUAAAGUUGUUUACUUGCUUGAUGGUUGUUUGUGGGGAAAGGAAGGAGGGAGAAGAGACUGUUGCUCUCAGGUUACAGGGUUGUCUAGCAACCUCAGCAGCUAGAAAUAGGAAUGGAAGUAGGUCAGCUUGAGAAAAGCUCCCAGGCUUUAAGGAUUCCUGGCCUGUACAAUUAAAUUCUGUGAUUGACUCCUUACGAACUGCAGCUAUUUUCCCCAAACUACAUCUUUGUUGAAAUCUCCCACAGCAACCCUUUCUUCCAGAGCUGUAAGCAAGCUCCAGAGCCAGCAAGGCAUUGGAUUUCUCUUCCUAAGUGUAGGCCUAAGUGUACACCAAAGUAUGUGCAGAAAGGCAGUCCUGGCUGCUUUAUGUUUUCAGCCUCAUCCAUAAAUGAUGUAGCUGUGA